AGAACAUUUCUUAGUUUUCUUAAGGAAAAAGCGCGAAAUCACGUGCAGAGAAAAGUAAAAAAAAAGUGGCCGUUGAAAUAUAGAUUUCUUUUAUCAAUUUCACUUUUAUUAAUCUGUGGACUAUUAUAAAAUAGUUGUCAUUGUGUAUUUUCUUCAAUAUCUUUUUUGUCCAAACAAAUUUUUAAUUAGUUUACACGAAUAAUAGAAUUUGUAUACAAGGUUAGUCCUUUUAAAUUUUAUUAUCGUCUCGUUAACAUAUUUAAUAUUGGAUAUUGGAUAAAAAACAACGUAUAUUAAUGAACGAUAAGAUAUUAAAUAUUUAAAAAGAAGAUAAAAUUUAGUGGAAUAUAAUAUGAAUCAUAAAUAUUUAUAUAAGAGACGUAAGUGGCGUGAAAUCAAUGCCGGUGUGUUUCAUGGAAUUAAAAAACCAAAACCACCUAAGCUAAAAGUUAAUAAAGAAUCAUCUAAAGAAAUAUCUAAAAACGUUGAUAAAUCUGUAAAUAAAAAACAGAAUUAUCUUAAAUUUUCUAAUGUAAAACAAAUAGAUCAAAUAGAUACCAAUAAGGGAACGAUUAUUGAAAAAACAAUCCUGCAAGUUGAUUCCAAUAAACGAUUUUUGAAAGAAAAUAUUUCUAAUUCAACAAUUCAACAACCUAAUGUUGCUAAUGUAAUAGUAAAUCCAAGUAAUAAAUUGAAGGAAUUGAAUAAUCAGAUUGAACGUAAUGAAUCAAAAAAUUCUUUAUUUAAAAAUUCAUGCAAGUCGUCAAAAUCUAUAGAUAUAUCUUUAAAUGAUGCUACAGAUUUGGAUGUAGAAAGACCAGAGUUCAAACUUAUAAUAAAGAAUAGCAAAAUAGAUGAUAUUUUGAAGGUAUUGGAGGAUGAUUGGGCAGAUGAUGAAUAUGAUAAUAUGGAGACAUUAGUUAGCAAUAAUAUGAAAAAUACUUUUUCUCCAUUAAAAUCUAUUAUUCCACCAAGCAAUAUAGAAACAUCUCCAACAAAUGAACUAAGCAAAAUGAUGUCUAUGAAUAUUAAAGAUGUACCAUCUAUUAUAUAUAGUAAAAAUUCUUCUUCUACUAUUCAAAAUCUUAAUGACAUGACAGAAGUUGAGAAAGAAAAUAAGGAAAAAUAUUAUCCUUUAUUUAAUAAAGGAUAUUCUAUGAAAAAUGCAGAAAAUGAUGUUACAAAGUUUACAUGUGGAAUAAAAAAAUCAACAAAAUGGCAAUUAUCAGCAAAAGGUGGUGGCAGCGAAAAUCAGUAUCAGUUAGAUGCAGGUCAAAAACGGUUUGGUGCGACGCAAUGUUCAGAAUGUGGUAUUGUGUAUCAGUUGGGUGAUCCUGAAGAUGAAAAUGCUCAUUUGAAUUAUCAUAAUAGUGUGAAAACCUUAAAAUUCCAAGGUUGGAAAAAUGAAAGAAUUAUUAUGGAAGAUCCUAUAACAUCAAGUAGAAUAAUUUUAAUUGAACCAAAUGAUUCUAAGCAAUAUUGGAAAAAGGUAUCAGAAAUUUUAACUGUUGUAGAUAGAGAUUUAGGUCUAGUUGAUUCAUCUCUUCCAAACUAUACUGAUAAAAAGGUAUAUUUAUACAUUAGAGAAAAGAAUAUAUUAGGUGUACUUGUAGCAGAAUACAUAGAAAUUGCACAUAGGAUGAUACCAGAAUUGAUUGAUUUGAAUUGUUGUACUGCUGAAAGUACACCAGCUAAGUGUGGUAUAAAUGUUGUAUGGACAGCAAUGAGUCAUCGCAGACAAGGCAUAGCCACUAAACUUGUAGAUACUCUCAGAUCCAAAUUUUUCUAUGGAUAUAUAAUGUCGUUAGAAGAUAUCGCUUUCUCUGUUCCAACUCCAAGUGGAAAGAUAUUUGCCGAAAAAUAUACUAAAACGAAAAGUUUUAAGGUUUAUAAUUAAUUUUGUUCUUACUUAUUUUCUUGCACGAUUACAUAAAACUUUUAAAUUGUA